AUGUACGGCUCGGCUGCUUGUCACUCGCUAGACCCCAUGGCGACAGCGCCACCGUCGAAGCCGCAGUACCACCAAAUAGUUCACGAGAGCGCCGUUCCGUUUGAAUCACAGCAGCAGCUACCACCCUCCUUCCUCACGCCGGUAGAUACAAACGAGUAUCGCGUACAGUCAACUAUCUGCCCUUCGGUACAAUCACACACGUGCCCAUCGCUGCAGCCGCCCCAUCCAUUAGUCAGCUCCUCUCCACUUCCCCCGCUUCCGCCGUUCUCCCCGCAGCCGCACAUCACGCCCCCCACUCCGCCGCAACCCCCGCGCCCAUACUGCUUUGCGCAGACGCCGUCCCCGGUCCCGCGCCUUGGCUCGCCCGCACACCCGUUUCUCUCCCAGAGCGCCCCCCAUUUCCAACCCGCGCUGCUCCCGCAGAACGCGCUGCUCUCGCGCUUCUCCCCCGCUCCCCCGCCGCCUGCCAGCCCGCAGCCGUUCCACUCGCAGUUAGACUCGACUCAGCGGUCGCCGCAGCUGUCCCACUCUGCGCUCAGUUCCGCGCAGCAAUCGCCGCAGCUGUUCCGCGCGGCUUCCGAAUCGGCCCCGCAAUCACCGCAGCCGUUUCUCGUGGCGGGGCGAGUGCAGAAGACUCUUCAGGAGAUGAUUGGCGGUGAAAGUACAGCCGUCACACCGCAGCUUGCGCCGCAGGGUGCGCCCACCGCGGGGCCCGCGGGCGCCAUGACCCCGGUGCUGCUGCCCGCUUCCGCCAUCGGCGGAAACACAGGCGCAGCCGCUGGCGCAACUGUUUGCGGACGGAUCGGCGGAUGGAGGAGCCCGAAGAAGCCGCCGCCUCCCCCGACUGCGGCGGAUGGCUCCCCCGUGCCCGCGUACCGCGGAGUGCGCUACCGGCCGUGGGGGAGAUGGGCGGCGGAAAUCCGGGAUGCGGGGGGGAAGGGGCGCGUGUGGCUGGGGACGUUUGACUCUCCGGAAGCGGCGGCACGCGCGUAUGACGCGGCUGCGCGGGAGAUCCGAGGGGCCAAAGCGCUGCUGAACUUCCCUGAUGACGUGGACGAACCGAAACCGGACACGUGUCAGGCCGCGGAGGCUGUGGAAGCGGAGGCGGGAGCGGAAGCGGAAGGAGAGGCGGGAGGCGAGGCGGAAGGGGAGGCGGAGGAUGAGUCGAUGGCGGAGAGGGAGGAGGAAGAGGAGAACGCGGGGAGCGGCGGAGAGGAGGGCGACGGCGAGGGGGAGGCGGAAGGAGCGAGGGCGCUGAAGCGUCUGAAGAGGAGCGAGGAAGCAGCGGAGCACGAGACAGCGCAGCACGCAGCGCAGCACACAGCGCAACCCACGGCACAGCCCACAGCUCAAGACGGACAGCAAGAGAUCGAUGGCGGGCGAGCCGCUGUCGACUUGCUGUGCUGCGAGCCGCCGCUCGUGCCGGCGGAACCACGCGCUGUGACGUCAGCACUGCCGUCUCCGCCGGCUGAUUCAACUGCAGCAGCUGCAACCGACGGCGCAGAUGCCGCUACAUCAACGGCUACGAUUAAGAAUCCUACAGCUACAGCUAUACGCGCGGAGGAGCGGGUCCCAGGGAUCGCAGCUCUGCCCACCACCCCUGCUGCUGCUACAGCUGCUACAGCUGGCGCUACAGCCGCAGGGGUUGUGGCCAGUGGUGCACCUUUGCACGGGGCCGCAUCCACCUUCCCUUCUCCGAGUGACGUUUAUGGUAACACGGACGGCAGAGGCAGCACAAGCUGCCUCGCCCCGCCUGCCAUCGCCGCCAAUAUGCUUGAAAUGAAUGUCAUCUACACAGCGGCGAGUGGCGAUGUGCCAGCUCAUCAAGAAGUUCUGCCAGGUCAGCGAGGGUCUUUUCCAGAUCAGCAGGAGAAUCUCCCGGAAGAGCAGGGAGUGUUGCCGGCAGCAGGGAGCGGAGGGCGCGCAGUGGAGUUACCGCAUAUGUUCUGCGAUCUCGUGCCAGAUGCACAUGCUCUGCAAGGAGGCAACAUGCAGCAGCAAUUCAACAUGCAAGCUGCUGCUGCCCCUCUGCUUGCCAAUGCCCCUACCCCACUGGCGGAGUUUCCAGCUGCAACGGCAUGCAUGGACGCGUACACAGCACUCCCAGCUGUCGCUGAUGACGGCGAUGCCUUUGAUGCCGUCGCUGCUUUCCUCGGCCCCGAUGUCUCCCCUCCGCCUCCUCCUCCCGUCGCCUUUUCCUCCUUUGAGCACGAUAACCUUGCUGCUGCUGUUGCUGGUGGUGCUGCCCGCAUGGCUGAGCUGGAGAGUGCUUUGGACAUGCAGGAGACGGUGGGAGAUCUGUGGGGGGAGGAGGGGGUGGAUGAUAGCACAGGCAUCUGGAGCAGCAGCGUGGGAGGGGUGGGCGGCGAGGGGGGAGAGGGAGGAGGGGAAGGGAGCUUGGGAAUGGGGGGAAUGGAUAUGGGAAUGGGUAGAGUAGGGUAUGGAGCGGUGGGGAGGAGGGAGAGUGACAUGGGCUCGACGUUCCAGGUGGUGCGGAGGGAGAGUGACAUUGCAGCAUCAUUCCUUGUCAGUGCCAGAGGGGAAGCACGGCAGCAGGGGAUUCGGGAGGAAAGUGAGGGUGGUGAUGCUGCGAUUGGGGGUGCUGCGGGGGAUCUCAACAGUGGCAGCAAAAAAAAAACGCCAAUAAUCGUUGACAUCCAGCAGCAGGAGCAGCAGCCGGAUGACAGCGAUACACUAACAGCUAACACUGGUAAUUAUUAUGGUAACCGGUAUGGUGAUGUCGAUUACUGCACCAGUGGAGAUAAUUGCCAGAGUGGAGACUGUGAGGGAGGGGCAUACUUGAGCAGAUUUACUGUGCAACAGAAGUUUCAUGGUAAUGGCUAUGUUCCAACCCUGGUGCCUUCUCUGAGUGGAGACUGCGAUACUUACGUAGACACGGAAGCUAUGACGUGA